AUGGUGGGCGUCACAACAGACUAUAUAUCCGUGGGAGGAAAUCGACACCCUGGUGCUGCGGAUUGGGAUGUGCAGACCGGUGUGCUCGCCUUUGGCGCUGACAACAAUGUUGCCUUAUGGGACCCUCUUGACGAGACCUAUCGAGGAACAUAUGCUUUACUGGUUGGUCAUACCGACAAAGUGAGUGUUGUUCGGUUUUACACAUGCCCCUCCUCAGGAACAAGAUUCAUUAUUACCGGCUCCGUCGACCACACAUUACGCGUAUGGCAACAGGAUAGCACCGAAUUGUGCAACUAUGCUCAUGUUUCUACCCUCGAGGGUCACACCAGCUCCGUGAAUGCGAUUGCUGUCGCUAAUGGAACGAACAUCAUCGCAUCCGGAGCGGCCGAUGGAACAGUCCGAAUUUGGAGAAUAAAUGCGCAGGAUGGAGUGAAAUGCGAGCUACUUGAUACGAUUACUAUGACGCCACGCUUUUUCCCAUUGACUUUGUCAUUACAGGCGCUUGGAGAUGACUCGGAUAAAUCUUUGGUAUUGGCCGUUGCGGGCACAAUGACCAAGGUGCACAUAUAUGUCUCUGAAACCUCCAACAUGCCAGAGUUCAAGCGCCGCGCUGUACUUGCAGGUCACGAGGCUUGGAUCAAGUCUCUUUCAUUUACUCAGGAUAAGCAAAGUAAAGAAGGCGAUAUCUUGCUGGCAUCCGCUAGUCAAGAUAAAUACAUUCGCCUUUGGCGCUUGCAUCGGGGUGAAGCAAAUCCUCCUGCUCCCAUUGAUGACACAGAUCCUCUGCUUGGAGGCAUGGAACCCACACUUUCGAACAAGGCCCAUGAAUUCGAAGCAAAGGGAUUGAAGUACUCAAUCACAUUUGAAGCUCUUCUAUUUGGACACGAAGAUUGGAUCUAUACCACUGCAUGGAAUCCUGACUCCAAGCGGCAACAGCUUCUUUCAGCCUCCGCUGAUAACACUAUUACGAUCUGGGAACAAGACCAAGCGUCAGGCGUUUGGAUGUCGACAGAGAGAAUGGGAGAGAUCAGUGUUCAAAAGGGAUCUACUACCGCUACCGGUAGUGCCGGUGGAUUCUGGAUUGGUCUUUGGUCGCCCGAUGGAAAGCAAGUUGUGAGUCUUGGCCGAACAGGUAGUUGGAGAGUAUGGCGACAAGAUUCCGAUUCGGAUCUCUGGGUGCAAAAAUUUGGUAUCUCUGGCCACGUUCGCUCGUCUAAUGGUGUUCAAUGGGAACCUACUGGAGGAUAUAUGCUCUCAACCAGUGCCGAUCAGACCACACGACUCCAUGCCAAAUGGGUGCGGGACAGCAAAAGCUCAUGGCAUGAGUUCUCUCGGCCCCAAAUUCAUGGAUACGACUUGAACUGUGUCGACACCCUGGGACCUUUACAGUUCGUGACUGGCGCGGAGGAAAAGCUUCUGCGUGUUUUCAAUGAACCUAAGCAAAUUGCCGAGUUGCUUGAGAGACUCACUGGGUUCAAACAGUCGAUUGAAGACCUGCCAGACACUGCUGAAAUCCCUGUGCUGGGUCUUUCUAAUAAGGCCCUUGGAGAAGAGGCACCGGUAGAAGAAGACGAGGAGAAAGCACCGGCAGAAGCACCCAACGCUUCUGUCUCGUUGGCUGCCAAUCACCCGCCACUAGAGGAUCAAUUGUCUCGUUACACACUGUGGCCGGAGCAUGAAAAGCUCUACGGUCACGGAUAUGAGAUUUCAGCAGUGGCAGUUAGCCAUGACCGCAAGCUCAUUGCUACCGCCUGCAAGGCCAGUUCCAUCGACCAUGCAGUUAUUCGUCUCUACGAUACUUCAGACUGGCAUGAGAUCAAACCUUCUCUCACAGCGCACUCAUUGACCAUCACGGACCUCUCGUUCUCAGCUGACGACCGCUAUCUUCUCAGCGUUGGACGUGAUCGUCAGUGGGCAAUCUUCCAGCGCAGCGACUCAGAUCUAACAACAUUCGCAAAUCUCACCUCAAAUCCCAAGGGUCAUUCUCGAAUGAUUUUGGGUGCCGCCUGGGCCCCAGCCACAACGGAACCUGUCUUUGCUACCGCAGGACGUGACAAGUCCGUGAAGAUCUGGCAAAAGACAGAGGAGACUUUCGUCUCCAAGACAACCGUGCCACUGACCUCAGCAGUCUCAGCAAUUGCCUUUUUGCCUAUCACAUACAAGGGAUCAUUCAUCAUCGCAGCGGGCGAGGAUAGUGGUGUCAUAUCUAUCCACCGAAUUGCCGCCGACACCUUUGAAGCAACGCAUAUUGUGACGAUUGACAAGAAGAUUGCACCUUCAAAGACAAUUACCCAAUUAUCAUGGCGGCCAGUGUUGGCAGAGUCAGAGAGCGAUCGGUUUGAACUGGCAGUGGCAAGCGAAGACACUUCCACGCGCAUAUAUGCUAUUUCUAGCAUGCUUUGA